AUGUCUUUCUCUCACUCUUUGAGCUGGGCACAGUUCUUUCUUAAGGGUAAAGGCCUGACCCUUUGUGUUGUUGGCUUCACACUGUUGGUACUAUGCGUGAACUCUUGGACGGAGCUUCCUGUUAGCUCAAUCCAACGAAGAUUCCUCAGGCGAUGCGCCGAAGCCAGUGGUACUGAAACCACUAGCACCGAAGCCAAUAGCAUCGAAGCCAAUAGCACCGAAGCCAGUGAUCCAACCCUUUGGCAGCCCAAAAUUGGAAUUAAAUGGCAAAUCCAGCUGGAGGAUGCCGUUGAAGACGUCGCCAUGGGCGCUGACAUUUUCGAUAUCGAUAUGUUCGACAACACUGCGGCCAAGAUCUCUGAAAUCCACAACAAGGGUGCUAAAGUGAUUUGUUAUUUCUCUGCCGGCACCUACGAAGACUGGAGACGCGAUGCCAACAAAUUUACCGAGUCGGACUUUGGCAGUGCACUCGAAGAUUGGCCUGGCGAACGGUGGCUCGAUGUGAACUCGAGCAACGUGCGCACAAUCAUGCAAUCCCGUCUUGAUUUAGCACAACAGAAGGGUUGCGACGGUGUGGACCCCGACAACAUCGACGGAUACGGCAACGACAGUGGACUCGAUCUGACGGAAGCUGACUCCAUCGAUUAUUUGAACUUCCUCGCAUCCGAGGCUCACUCAAGGGGAAUGUCGAUUGGACUCAAGAAUGGAGGCGAUAUCAUUCCUUCGGUUAUUGAGAAUAUGCAGUGGUCGGUCAACGAGCAGUGUGCGCAGUAUGACGAGUGCGAUGUCUAUGCGGCUUUCACGGAUGUUGGCAAACCCGUCUUUCACAUCGAGUAUGUUGAUGAGAUUGGGGGCAACAACAAGCUCAAAGUUCGUGAUGUGACGAGCUCGCAGAAGUCUGCGGCUUGCAAUGCGAAGAGUGCUGAAGAUUUCUCGACCGUUAUCAAGAAUAUGGAUUUGGAUGCGUGGGUUGAGUAUUGCUAG